AUGCAUCAAUUUACGUUGAUCGGCACAGCGCUCAGUUUAUUACGUUUAUGCGCUGCUAUAACUAUUCAGAAGCCUUCAAGAGAUUCACUUUGGUUUUCUCAAAGUGCAGAGGCUUUGGAUUGGUCUGUUCUUGAUACAGAUCCAUCGGAAGCGCAUGUUUACGUUGUCAACGAAGAAGUGCAUCCUGCUAUAAAUCAGUAUGCAAUGACUAUCGACACGUCUAAGAAGGGUGCAACUCUCCCACCUCUUGAGCUUACGCCUGGCUCGGGAUAUCGAGUCAACCUUGUGUCUCCUGUCGAUGGUUAUGUCGUUUAUGCUCAAUCGGAUAUUUUUACUGUGAUGGAUAAGAAAGGAAUAAAGAGUCCUCUUGACGAUAAUAUCUUGCGUGCCAAUGUACUUUCACAAUUAAGUACGAAUACCUCGAAUACGGGCAACUGGACCAUGGCUCCUGCUCCCGGUCCAUCAUCGACUGGUUCCUUUUUCACCGGUAGGAGCAGCAGCUCUCAUUUCAACACCAGCUCUUCUGUUGUUUAUAGUACCAGUCCUUCCGUUGCAGUUACCACUUCUCCCAAAAGUACUGUUAUAACCGGUCCUUAUUACACCAAUUCAUCUUCUCCCUCAUCAUUCACAUCCACUCCUGUUUUUACCAACUCGACUUCUACCGGAGUUCUAUCCUCUCCUGCAAGCAAAGCCGUGGCUGCCAAUGCUUCCACGAGUGUCACCUCCCCAGUGGUUACUUCUCACUUGAAUGUUACAUCUACACCUAGUUCUAAUAGCUCUGUGCCCUCCGUCACCAACAGCCUUGUUGCAUCAAAUUCUUCCAUCACCGCCACACCUUCUUCUGUGAGCUACAAUGCUGUUCCUUCUUUCACAAACUCCUCCGUAGUGACGGGUUCUUCUUUGGCUUCUAACGGCUCAAUUGCUCUCACAGGUGAAACUAGCCGAGCCACUGGUACUGCUUGCCCUGCCGCGGUUACUGUAACCGUAACCACUCCUAGUUACAUUCCUAUAUCUUCUACUCCUAGCACGAGUUUACCUCCUGCUGUUUCUAAACCCUCUGAUGCUUCUUAUUCCGAUCCUAGCGAGACUUCAUCAUUUGCAAGCGAAAGUGCAGCAGCACCUUCCUCUAGUCAAUCGUUGCAUACGUCGGUUGCAUCAUUUUCUAAAUCGGCAGCUUCUUCAUCUGGCAACAGUGCAUCCCAGAAUGUUCCUAGUGCUGCCUCCAGCACAGUGAGCAUCAGCUAUGCUUCUCUCCUUUUCAUCUUGACAUCAUUGAUUGUCCUUUUGUAA